AAAGAAAUGAAUGUUUGGGUUUGAUUUCGUCUGAGGCUUUCCGAGAGCGCCUGGCUGGGCCGGGCCCUGCAUGGGGAGAGGGAAUAGGGGGUCUUUAGGACCCGGCACGCUGGGGCCAGCGGUGCCGGGAGGCCAACCUGCCGCGGCUUGAAUGGGAGGCGGGCGGCGGCGCCGAGAGGCUAGCGGCGGCAUAGCUCUGUGGUCGCCAGGCAACCGCCCUGACGCAAUGCAAAAGAACGUCCCUUCAAAAAAAGAACCGUGCGGAGAAUUCGCAGUGUUCCGGAGCUCGGGAGGCGGGAGCCGAGAGCGCCUAGGGCAGGCGCGGGCUGGCUGCAAGGACCGCAACAGCUCCGGCGACGCGGCUGGGGCGCAAGAGGUAUGCAGAUAGAAGCAUUGAAUCCUGAGUGGAGAGGCAACCAUUAGCACAGGUCUCGGCAAACCAAGCCUUUUUGCGUGAAGGUCCUUGAGAGAAUACAGGCACACUCAGCAGAGGAACACUGACUUCCUUGUGUACAAUGUGAGCCUCUGCCCACUGACCAAGCUUGGCCUGGCAGCAGCAGCAGAGUAUUGGGCAACCAGACAACGUUGGGGUGUGAAAGCCAGACUCACUGAAGACAUUCCUUCUACCUGCCUUGCUAAGAAAAGACAGAUCCCGAGGGAGCUUGAUCCAUGGUGGUGGCCAGUUCUUCAUUCCAGAAGCUCCUCUAAAAUAACUAAGUAACACCUGCUGAGGGCUCACUUCCCCCUAAAAGAGGACAUUCCUAUCAUCUCCGACCUGCACACCUCCAGCCAGCAUAGAUAGAUCUUGGAAGAGGCUGCCUCAGAGAUUCCUGCUGAUGCUUGUCUGAUCCUGCCUUCUGUGAAGCAUGGCCCCCACAGGAUUAUGGGACAAAUCAUAGACCCUGAGCCACACCUGCUCAGAGAGGCACACUUUACAGCCUCACUUGGCUCCAGGUGCUGCCAAGCCUUGAGACGCACUACCAUCCCAACAAUGCCUUCAGGAGCUAGGACCAGCGCUCUGUGAGGUCUUUGCAGAGCAGGACUUGACCUUGCUACCCAGCAAGUCUCCCGGGUGGCCUCUACCACCUCCCAUGUCUGACUACCAGGGCAGACUAGAGAAUGUCUGUGCCCCGAAUCCAAGUGGAAGAAGUGGGUGAGAAAGACAGGCUAGCAGGGGCAGCCGCACCUCCCGAUGACCACCUCCUCAGCCUGAAGGCCCUCACUGAGAAACUGAGGCUAGAGACCCGAAGACCCUCCUACCUGGAAUGGCAGGCCAGACUAGAGGAGCAGACGUGGCCUUUCCCAAGGUCAGCUGCCCAGCAAGAGGCCCCCUUGGAGCAGGGAGCAUGUGGAGGUGGAGAGCCUUCGAUAUCUUUAAGGGAAUCCAGAGAGCUUCUUCCACCUGCCAGGAGUGCCAGCCAGGACGACAGGCCGCUGACCACGGGCAAGCUGGAAGGCUUCCAGAGUAUCGAUGAAGCUAUAACGUGGCUCAGAAAGGAACUGGCAGAGAUGCGGCUCCAGGACCAGCAGCUGGCCAGGCAGCUCAUGCGCCUCCGUGGAGAUAUCAACAAGCUGAAGAUCGAGCAGACCUGCCGCCUGCACAGGAGGAUGCUCAACGAUGCUGCCUAUGAGCUGGAGGAGCGAGAUGAGCUGUCCGACCUCUUUUGUGACUCUCCUCUGGCAUCCUCUUUCAGCCUUUCCACACCACUCAAGCUCAUCGGCGUCACCAAGAUGAACAUCAACUCCAGGAGGUUCUCUCUCUGCUGAGAAGCCUUGGGAUGGAAGGGGGGGGACCAGAGCUAAGGGUGAGAGAGAGGCAACUCUGACCAAGUUACCCAAAAUGGCUCUCCCUGAGGUCAUGCUGGGCAAUGGAAGGUCCCAGGAUCUGGUGGCAGGGUGGCAGGGCCUUCAGCUUUGCAUACUUGGGUCUUCAUGUUCAAUACCCAAAGAGUCUGCAGGCGCUAUGUAAGACAGGGUCUCAGCAGGAUCCCUGUGGCCUGUCCCCUCAGUGGCCUAGACUCACUGGUGCUAUGAUGUUGGAUCCCAAAGGGGACCUCCCCACCCACAAAGCUUGUUCUUACAGAAAGCCCUCCUCUAGGGAAGCUGGGAAGAUUAGAUGUGUAAGGCACACUCAUCUCUCAUGUAGUGUCAAUGCCCACUUAGUCCUAGCUCUAACUGCCCCAAAGUAGGUGACUCAGCAAGCUGGGCAGGGAUGUGUGAGGACAGGAAAACCUAAAGGAAUAACAAGGUGGCACGUGGCACUUCUCUUUGAUGGCCGCCAGCAUCUCCGGGAAGGAGCUCUGCCCUGCUACUUGGAACUUCAGCCUUGAUGCUACAAGGCCAUGCUAUUUCCAGCUUGCUCCAUGACACAUGCACCUUGUAUAGCUUUGGUAGAGGAACCCAGAUGCCCUUCUGUGCCCCCAGCUCCAGUUACAACCACUACCCCAGGAGAGCACCAACAGGCCACUGGUGACUCAACCAGGCAGAUAGGAAACAGAUUUCCCCCAAGUGAAUCCGUACUGCAGGAGGCAGGACAGAGGCCUGGUGGGACCUGAUGGUGUCACCCACAUCACCUUAUCCUCAGCACCAAAGACCACAGGGAGUCCAGAAGCCCAUACUGAGCCUCUCUCAAGACCGUGCCUGACCUAAACAAUGAAUUUUCAUUGACCAUGACUGUUACCUAAUAAGUUGCUAACUCGUUAAUACCCGUCUGAUUCUUGUCCACGUGGGGAACCAGUUGAGUCAUCCAAGCAGAGUUUGGAGAGUUUUUCCCUUAGCAGCAGGCUUGAGGUCAGCAGAAUGUUAAGCUGAUCAGUUCAGGGAAGACUUGGCACAGCACCUCUGGCCACGUGCAAUCCUGUUAACACAAGUUUCUCAGACAUUGGGUGUGUCUAGUGAGGCCUGCUCAUUAGCAGAGGACACAAAGUGAAGCCAGGAAAAAAGAAUUAGUUCCCUCAAGUCACCAGGCUGUUUAGUGGCUAUAGAAUAUUAAGGUGAGAAAUUAUUGUGAGUUAGGCCUAGAUGGAUCUCCUGUCAAUGAACUUGAACUCCAAAAGAUGGUCCUGAUGUUCUCUGCCAAACCCAUAAGUUGCCAACUUCUCUCUCCUCCCCUUUCAGGCCUCACCCAUUCUCCCACUUUGCAGUCCAAAGUAUUGGGAAGGAGGAGCAUGAUGCCCAGAUGGUGGACCCUUGGCAUUUACCAUCUGUCAUAGUCCUGUAGUCUAUACUGACUGUUCUCUGUAUAUAAUGUUCCUUCCUCCUGGUAAUCCCCAUGGGUUAUGUCCACACAUGCCACAACACACCCAGGGAGAGGCUGGAAUGGGAACAUAUAACUGAAUGGUGGUGUAUGACCGAAUGGUCUCUUCCUAGUGAUUUCAAAGAGCCAGGCAGUUUGUGUUUCUUUUUGAAAAGGUAGAACAAAGUAGCCAAUAUUUCUUAAAAGCCCUGAAGUCCAGAGGCCUUGACCCCAGUCCUUCCCUUAGAGACUUCACAAAACACUGCCAAGUUCCAAGAGACCUCAUAGCCCCUCAUCACCUCCUGCCUCCAGUCACCCGCUGGCUGACACUCACACGCCAGGUCACAGAAAACACAUGAAAGAAGGCCUGCCCGUGUUCUAAAAACAACGCCAAACUGGUUGUAAGAAAUUAAUCAUUAGCCAGUCAUGGGAGUGCACGUCUUUAAUCCCAGCACUUGGGAGUUGGAGGAGGAGGAUCAGAAG